AUGGUGGAACAAUACAGGGAUAAGAAGAAGGAUCUCCACAUGGUGUUUAUCGAUCUAGAGAAAGCGUACGACAGGGUUCCUAGGGAGGUCUUAUGGAGCUGCUUAGAGGCUAAAGGGGUCCCGGUUGCCUACAUUAGGGUGAUUAAAGACAUCUAUGAUAGAGCUAAGACAAGGGUUAGGAUAGUAGGAGGCGACUCCAAGCAUUUUCCGGUUGUUACAGGGUUGCACCAAGGGUCUGCGUUCCGCCCCUUCCUAUUUGCCCUGGUGAUGGAUGCCAUAACGCAUCAUAUUCAAUGGGAGGUGCCAUGGUGCAUGCUAUUAGCUGAUGACAUAGUCCUAAUUGACGAGACACGACGCGACGUCAACGAGAGGCUAGAGGUUUGGAGACAUGCCCUUGAGUCAAAAGGUUUCAGGUUGAGCAGGACGAAAACGGAAUACCUCGAGUGCAAAUUUGGGGCCGAGCCGACGGAAGUGGGAAUGGAAGUGAGGCUUGACUCUCAAGUCAUCCCUAAGAGGGAUAGUUUCAAGUACCUUGGGAAUAUCCUUCACAAGCCUGAGUUGCCAGGCUAUUUGGCUAAAUGGGCAGUCAAAAUUAGUGAGUUCGACAUUGAGUACAAACCCUGGACUGCGAUCAAGUCAAAGGUUUUUGCCGACUUUGUGGAUGAUUUCUGUCCUGGAUUAAUGUUAUUGGAUGAUAAGGAAGCAGUGCUGGUGUAG